AUGCAAGCAUUUAGAGAUGAAAAGGCCUCAAUUAAGCCUGUUUUCUUGUCUCCCAAUGUGACCAGCAUUCUCCAACCAUUGGAUCAAGGAGUUAUUCAAAACGUAAAAGUGACCUAUCGUUAUCUCUUUAUCGCAACCAUCGACCAAAAAAAGGAGUUUCUCGUUACUGUCUUGGAUGCCAUUUUCUAUGUGUACAAAAAUUGGAACAUGGUCUCCACCACAUGCAUAGCAAAUUGUUUUCGUCAUUCUGGUUUUGUGAGUUCUCUGAAUAUCGUGGAUGGCGAAACCGAAGAAGACGAUAUUCCUCUAUCUGUUCUGAUGGGCGAUCAGAAAAAUCAUGGCCAUGCCAUUGAAGGGGAGGCUGAAUAUGGUUUGAUUGAUGAGGAAAAUGCCACCACUUCUGAAGCCACAAUUUCUGAAAUUGUUUCACAAGUUGUGGACAGUGACAGUGAUCCUGAGACUGUAGCUGUAACCCAAACGGAAGCCUUCAAUGCAAUAAAUGUCAUACGAAUUUUUUUUACAAACCAUGAGGGAGCUGAGGAACAUUUUGAGAAGUUACAAAAUCUAUAA